GAAAUGACUCCAUCACGAAUCACGUCGUAAGAGAAAAAAAAAGAAUAGCAGAGAGGAAAAGGAAAAUAAGUUGACGUUUGAGAAGUUGGGACCAUGGCUCUGGGUGACUGUUGGAAGCAGUUAUCCUGGUUUUACUACCAGUACCUGCUGGUGACGGCGCUGUACAUGCUGGAGCCCUGGGAGCGGACGGUGUUCAACUCCCUGCUGAUCUCUGUGGCUGGCAUGGCUGUUUACACCGGCUACGUCUUCAUGCCUCAGCACAUCAUGGCUAUCCUGCACUACUUCGAGGUCGUCCAAUGACACGAUGACUCCGUCCAUCCACCACCCACUACCCACACUCCCCUGCUGGUCCUGUCUGUCUCUGGCUUCCUGUCCGUCCAUCUGCCUGCCUGUCUCUCCUGGGUUUGAGGUGGGGAUUGUUUCCUACCGUGCUGAUGCAGAGCGUCUCUCCUCCUUUUUCCAAAGCUAAUUCAAUAUCAAAGGUCAAAGCUCUGAGCAUCGUGCUGGAGGCCAAGCUGGACGAUGUUAUUCCCUGGGACUGUUUCUCCUUUGCUCGUCUUGGAGGGAAAGCCGUGGAGGAGCGUGCUUAGAUUUGUCUCAUGCGUCUUUGUUUUUAUCUCCUUGACUCAGUCGCACCUGACAGUUUUGAAAAUGUGUAAUUAUAUACUGUAUGGACGUGUGGUCGGGUGGAGUGACUGGGCGAUUUUUUUUUUAUUCCAUUAAGACAUCAAACCACUGUUGUCUUAGAGUUUUAUUCCAGAGCAGGAAACGCACAGCAGCCGGUGGAGAAAAUACUUUUUUUGAGCCAAAUAUGAUGAUUAGAGCGGCGCCAGGUCUCUGAAUGAAGCCUGAUAGUUUGGUCAAAGUGGGCUUUAAAGGAACAUCUCUCAGCCAUUUUCAACAUUCACCAUCAUUUUACAGCACUUUUAAAACCCUCUCUGUCAACAUACAGAUGCUCUGUAAUGAAACAUGAAACACUGCUCUUUGUUUAACCAGAAACAUCACUAUAUAUCAACACCAGACUCCAGUGACAAAAACAGGAAUUUUACCGAGCAGAACUCAGGAGCUGCCGGAAUACCACGGCCUCCAUCUGUUUGUUUGUGUUAUUGUGUGGUACUUUUACUCAUGUAAAGUAAUUGAAUACUUCCCCCACUAAUGAAAGUCACACAGUAACACAAACUAACAUUGCAUUAGUAUUCCUGCAGCUCCUGUGUUCUGCUCAGUAAAAUUCCUGUUUUUGUCAAUGGAGUCUAGUACUGAUAAUUUUUUAAGUUUACCAUAUCUGAUUGAUUGUAGUGAAGUUUUCUGUCACAAAAACUAAAGACUAGUUGUCAAUCUAUUUGGUGUUCACUGAGGUUUUAUACUAACAGCAUUUUAGUUUAACCAGAAACAUCACUUUAUAUCUCCAUUGACAAAAACAGGAAUUUAACCAGGAGCUGCUGGAAUACCACUGCCUCCAUCUGUUAGUGUGUCUGUGUUACUGUGUGACUUUCAGUGGUGGAAGAAGUAAUCAGAUACUUUGAAAUAAGUAAAACUACCACACAAUAACACUAUUGUAAAAUCACUGUUUUUCCCCAUGGAGUUUGGUACUGAUAAACUGGCCGAUUCUGGUUGAACAAAAGGGAUCUUUUACCAGAAUCAUCACCAGACUCCAUUCAAGGAGUCUGGUAGUAAAUACUCUGAAGCAUACAGGGACCAGUAUGAGCUGAACUUUUACCCCAUGUCCCACAGCUAGAGGAGUGGUUCAUUUUAAUAUUAUUUAUAUUUUCUCUUUUUAAAGUCAGUAGAAUGAUUGAAGAGUCCAACAAAGUUGGAAUAACGACUUCAAACCUUCAGGAAACUGCGCUAGUAAAUUAAACGUCCAUCUCAGCCCUAAAUGAGACUUUUUCACCACAGAGUAACCUCGACUUCUCACGGCUCAUGAACAGUUGGGUUUGAAGUUGGAGAGUGAAGGAAAACGAUGAUGAACAGGUUGAAAAUGACACAAUUGUCCUUUUAAAUUCCUGCUUUUUUUAUCGUAAGACGCACAGCAGGUGACGUUAACAGUUUCCUCUUUGCACAGAAACAUUCGAUGUUUGAGAAGCUCCAUUUUCAAUGUAAUCAUAUUUUAUUACAUGUCCUCUGACUGCUAACUGAUAUCCCUUGGAAAAUUGUGAUUAUUUUUCCCUGCAAAAUUGUGUAUUUUUCUCAAUUUUGUGUAUAUAAUCUUGUAUACAUAUUUGUAAAGUUUUGUAGUCAAAUAUGUUGGCGUAUAGAAUAAAAUAUUUGUGGGUUUUUUGUGAGCUACUGAUGCUAAAUACUGUUCUAUAACUGAAAUCAUUAAAGGGAUAUUUCACUAAGCUACA